AUGGCAUUAAUGGUAACACAUGGACAAGACUACGAUGUUACAGAUAUACAGUGUACAUUCGCAACAAAUCCGAUCAAUACAAAUACAAUAACAGCACCAACCGGUCGAGAUUCAAUAAUAGCACGUUUAAAGAAACCUGAAGGAUUUCGUGGUAAUCCAUUGUUUGCAGACGAUCGAAGUGUUGAUCCUGAAACGGAUUUACAAUGUCAAAUACGACCAGAUCCACAAGAUAGUACUGGAUUGACGUAUAACUUACGGAUAACAGAUUUUUCACGAUGUGGUGUUUUAAAACGAAACGGUUUCGUUCAUGUUCGAGUAUGGUUUCCACAAUUUCCUGGCGUUGUAAUGCAAUCUGAUCAAGAACUGAUUAUUAUGUGUAAGCCGCCUGAACCAACGGUAAUUGAAAAUAAAGCUGCAGGAUUCGCUGGUAGUUUCCCACAUGGUGCCAGAGUAUCGGGGGUUGUAGAAGAAACACCAGGUCGAUUAGAAUAUGAAGUGGCCUUAUACAAAGAAGCACCCGCCGCAAGACUUUCAAAUUCAACGAACGCAAUGGCUGGCGAGCUACCAGUGGAUCAAGCAGUUCCAAUUGGUACAAAACUACAAUUAAGGGCUCGUAUAAAUCCAGAAUCAGCUUGGAAAUAUGUGAAGUUAAUGGAAGUUACUGUGAGUCCUGAUCCAGACGAUCCACAUAUGCCAGGAAGUGUUGCCCUGGUGAAAGAAGGAUGUCGGAAUCGAGAUUUUGCAUCGAUAAUCCCACAUCAACCAGCUCGCUAUCGUGACAGACAUAAUGAAGUAUUUCUUGAUUUUGAAGCAUUCUUGUUAAGUACAAUGAAAGAACGUUCCACACUUUGGAUUCAUUCACAAAUUAAAGCAUGUAUGGAUGCUACCGAUUGUCAACCUGAUUUUUGUUUAGAUUUAUUUGAACCGUCUGGUCAUGGACGUAAAAGAAGAGAGUUGCCAAAAGUUCAAGAUAAAUCCGUAAAAACAUUGUUACAGCAAGAUUCGCAUAACAUAAAUGAUACUCAAUUUACAAAAAUUAAAGAAAAUUUAGAGUAUACUGUUCUUAUGCCGGGUGAUUUAUAUCAUCGAACACCAGUCACAGAAAACUCAUGUAGUACAUUUCUAGCAAUAUCCGGUGUUUUAGGUUGCUUACUAUUUUUAUCAGCUGCUAUUAUGUGUUGGCUAGCAUCGAGAUUACAUGUUGCCUUACUUUCAAAUACACCAACAAAAUCAAUCGAUCAACUUGUACGAGAACAUACGAGACACGAUAGUAUUGGAUACACGGGCCGAGCAAUGACUCAGUGACAUAAUAAAAAAACAGUGAAUAA